UGCGCGCAGGGGCCGCGGCGGGCGGCGGGUGUCGAGGCCCGUCGGGGUGAGGGGCGUGAAUGCGGGGCGGGCUGCGAGCGCUGGGCCGGGGCCUCCUGGGCGGGGCCGCCCGGUUAGAGAGGCGGUCGGUGGGAGGGCGGCCGGGGCGGAAAGGGGUGAAGGCACCCCUGCACGCCAUGUUUCCGGACAAGCCCGUCCUUAUAAGGUAAACACUCCCCUGGGCGCCUCCCCGCCCUGUAAGAGGGCUCGUGGUGGAACAUGUUUGAGCCAUUCCGACGGGAAGUUUGACAGCUCUGCAGAGGAACACGAUGCGAAUGGAAGAGCCCUGUCACCAUGCAAAUACUUCGGCACUCUGAACAGACCUUAAAAACCGCUCUCAUCUCCAAGAACCCAGUGCUUGUGUCCCAGUAUGAGAAAUUCGAAGCGGGGGAGCAGCGUUUAAUGAACGAAGCCUUCCAGCCGACCAGUGACCUCUUUGGUCCCAUUACCUUGCAUUCACAGUCGGACUGGAUCACCUCCCAUCCUGAGGCUCCCCAAGACUUUGAGCAGUUUUACAGUGAUCCUUACAGAAACACACCCUCUGCGGAGAAGCGUAGUAUUUAUAUCCAGUCCAUUGGUGCUCUAGGCAACACUAGGAUUAUCAGCGAAGAAUAUAUUAAAUGGCUCAAAGGCUACUGUGAAGCAUUUUUCUAUGGCUUGACAGUAAAACUCCUCGAACCGGUUUCUGUUUCUGCGACAAGGUGUUCCUUUAGAAUCAACGAUAACACACAGAAUCUACAGAUUCAUGCAGGGCACAUCCUGAAGUUCCUAAAGAAGAAGAAGCCUGAAGAUGCCUUCUGUGUCGUGGGAAUAACCAUGAUUGAUCUCUACCCAAGAGAUUCCUGGAAUUUUGUCUUCGGACAGGCCUCUUUGACAGAUGGUGUGGGGAUAUUCAGCUUCGCCAGGUAUGGCAGGGAUUUUUAUAGCUCGCACUAUGAAGGCAAAGUGAAGAAGCUCCAGAAAAAAUCUUCCAAUGACUAUUCCAUUUUUGAUAACUAUUAUAUUCCUGAAAUAACUAGUGUUUUGCUGCUACGAUCCUGUAAGACUGUAACCCACGAGAUCGGACAUAUAUUUGGACUGCGGCACUGCCAGUGGCUCGCAUGCUUGAUGCAAGGCUCCAACCACCUAGAAGAAGCUGACCGGCGCCCUCUAAAUCUUUGCCCUAUCUGUUUACGCAAGCUGCAGUGUGCUGUUGGCUUCAGCAUUGUAGAAAGAUACAAAGCCCUCGUGAAGUGGAUCGAUGACGACUCUGCCAGCACCCCGGUCGUUGCUCCAAGACAUAGUCGUGAGGAUAAUGUGAAUUUACCGAAACCUGCCGAAGCCUUUAAGGACUGGAGGGAGUGGAUAGUAAAAUGCCUCGCCGUUCUCCAAAAAUAAGGACCUUCAAAUAGGAGUAAUUAAAAUAAAUACUCGCACAUGA